AGCCAGUAGUAGAGGACGUAGCCCUGACAUUGCGCGCGCACAAAUAUCGCGCGCUUCCGAACGCGCAACCGAUAUCGAUUGCCGUCCGCUUUCUCGCAAACGUAGUGUCUCGCCGGAAAUCAUUAAGAGAAUAUCUGUUCACGAGGGGACAGUUUUUUCUUCCUUUCUUUCUUUCGCGACUAUUUUUUUUUUGAAGAUUUCAUUCCACACGCGUUUGUUAUACAUUUCUUGACCUUGUCUCUUCUCCCGCGGUUUCCGGAAUCGCGUUUCCGCGUUUAACGUUAGAGUCUAGAUUAUCGCAAAACAAACUUCGCCUGCGUUCGUCGGCCUUUAACUUCGGUUGUGCGAAGCUGGAUAUAUUUUCUCGUCCAACUUCGAUAAAAAGGAAGUCCUUGCCAUUCAUGGGAUUUUGUCGGAUGAUUGAGACUGGAAGAAGAGAUUGCCAGUAAAAUCAAACACAGAAUGGCGAGUUAUUGGGAGAAUAUAUUAUUGGUUAUAAUAGCGCUGGUUGGUCUGAGAUUGCUCGUAAAAACCAGCGUUCUCAUGUGGAAAAAAUUUGUCGCGCCCAAUCUUGGACUUGGCAUUGAUUUGACGACGCAAGGAAAAUGGGCUGUGAUCACGGGUGCGACUGACGGACUUGGAAAAGCAUUCGCCAAAGCGCUCGCGCAAAAGGGCAUGGACAUCGUAUUAGUCUCGCGAUCCAUGUCCAGGUUGAAGGACGUAGCUGCCGAGAUUGAACGGGAUUAUCGAGUUGACACGCGCGUUGUGGAAGCCGAUUUGACGGAGGGCCAGAUCGUUUAUGCGGAAAUUGCCAAAGCGACGCAAGACUUGGAGGUUGGUGUUCUUAUUAACAAUGCCGGAGCGAGCUACGACCAUCCCGAACUGUUUGCGAAUUUAUCGGAGGAAGUCGUUGCGCAAAUAUUGCAACUGAACGUCGCCGGUGUCACCGGGGUCACGCGAGCGGUGCUACCUGGCAUGAUGGAACGCAAGAAAGGAGUUCUCAUUAAUGUUAGCUCCACAACGGCGGCUAUUCCGAGCCCUUAUUUAUCCGUUUAUUCUGCCAGCAAAGCGUAUAUCGACAAACUCAGUGCCGACUUAGCUGUGGAGGCAGCACCAAGAGGCGUCACCGUCCAAUGCAUCAUGCCCGGACCAGUUGCCACAAAGAUGUCCAAGAUCAAGAGACCGACUUGGAUGGCACCUACCCCAGAGAAAUAUGUCGAGGCGACGUUGAAAACGAUCGGUAUCGAAUCGCGCACGACCGGAUAUCCGCCGCAUUCUCUCAUCGUCGGAGUCAUAAACGCGCUACGUUACAUAUGCGAAGCGGGCGCGAUUUGGUUGGUGGCAAGGACGAUGCUCAAUAUUAGAGGACGUUUUCUUCGCAAAAAGAUGAAGAGCCAACAAAAUGUGGAGACGUUGCAACAAGAUUCAGUCACAACAAGUUAAUUAACUGAUAAAAUAAUAUUGUGUCGAUAUUAUUCUUGAAAUUACUUGUUUGGUCAAUAUUUGUUGUUAGUUAUUUUUUGUUUGCAUGAUCACUUUAACGAACCUUACGUAAAGCUAAAAGAUACCCGUAAAAAAAUAUUCAAAUUUUACGACAUUUAAGUCGUUAACUUUUAUCUCGUGUAAUUUAUAUUUAAAAAAAAAACUUAAUUUGUAUACGCGUCAUUGCUAUUUAUAAUAUAUUUUACUUGUUGUAAAAUUAUAUUUUUUGCAUAUUCAUUUGGUGUUUAUCUUACUGGCUAUUAAUUUUUCUAAUGACCGAAUACUAAAGACAGCCUUUUCUUUUUAAUAUUUAUAGAUAUAUGAAGCUUAUUUUUGCUAGAGUUAUAUGACACGUAUGUAGAAAUCUAAUUAUAUGCGAGUUUUGAACAAAAAAGUUUUGAAGAAAAGUUCUCGGCGCAUUGUAACACUACUGUCGAAUUUAUUAUUAAAUAUGACAUUGAUCAAAAUAAUUUGUAUUAUUAAUAAUUCUUUCUUUUAUUUCUAUGCCUUUUACAUACGAUAUGUAAACUUUUACAUAUGGUUUGCAAUCAUAUCACACAUCAAAAAUAUAAUAAUUUAAUAAACAAAUCAAAUUUUGAGCGUUAAAAGAUAUUAAAUAAAUAAAAUUAAAAAAAUCUUACUACUACUGAUGAGUCAAUAUACGAUAUCUUAAAUUUAACGCACGACAAGAUAACGUGCGUUUACGGAAAGUGAUUAAUAUCGAUAUUAAAAUGAUAACAUGCGUAAAAAGUGAUAUACUAAAUUGGAUUGUUAUGUUUAUAAUAAAAAAUAUAUUUUAAUUGUAUAUUUGAUAUCUAA